GGGACAGGGCGUCUCCCUACACACAUGCAGGUGAAGUGGUGGGAGUAAGACGUCUCUCCAAACGACUCUCUGAAGUCUGAACUCUCUCUGCCACUCUACCCACCACAAAGUCACAAACGCCUCUACAACCCACGACGUGUCUCUCUCUCCCUCCUCUAGUUCUCUUUCUCUAUGUUGGGAGGGUGGUGAUGGGGGCGUAGUACGCACUGGGCGUCCUUUAUCUGAAUCGGGAUUGGCUAAGACGGACGUCAUCUCAUCUGGUUUCUCUUCAAUUUGUACGGAAAUCGCCCAGGAAUUGCCUUGUUGGAAUGCUCGGAUUUGGGCUGGGUUCUCCUUGAAACAGAGGACGGGCAUUGAGUUCGCGGUGUUUUGUUUUUUGUUCGAAGUUUCGAGGGAUUGUUGGACUUGAACCUGAUGAAUUUUCGCGUGAUUCUAGCAUCUGGGUUUGUCUCCAUUUCUUAUUCUCAGUAAUGGGGUGUGUUUAUUCGAGGUCAUGUAUUGGGGAGGUUUGUACUCCAAGAGAUGCAAGAGUUAAAGAAACUGAAAAUGCGAGAGCAGGUGCAGAGCUUCCCGUGUUCUCUCCUGCUUCUUCAGAUGGGGAAGAUGGGGAAAUUAGAGAUCAGUUGAAUCAGUUGAGUUUAACUAGGGAUUCUGAAGUAGGCAUCACUAGGCUUUCUAGGGUUUCUUCUCAGUUUCUACCCCAUGAUGGGUCACGAACUGUUAAAAUUCCAUCGGGAAACUAUGAAUUACGAUUUUCGUUUCUGUCACAGAGAGGAUAUUAUCCUGAUGCUCUUGAUAAAGCUAACCAAGACAGUUUUUGUAUCCACACCCCUUUUGGGACAAACCCUGACGAUCAUUUUUUUGGGGUUUUUGAUGGGCAUGGAGAAUUCGGUGCUCAGUGCUCACAGUUUGUGAAGCAAAAAUUAUGUGAAAAUUUGCUUAGGAAUAGUAGGUUCCAUAUGGAUGCAAUUGAGGCAUGCCAUGCCGCAUUCUUGACGACAAAUUCACAGUUACAUGCUGAUAGUUUGGAUGAUAGCAUGAGCGGCACAACUGCAAUAACAGUAUUGGUUCGUGGUCGGACUAUAUAUGUUGCUAACUCAGGGGAUUCCAGAGCUGUUAUAGCAGAAAGAAAAGGGAAAGAAAUUGUGGCUGUUGAUUUAUCAAUUGAUCAAACACCAUUUCGGGCUGAUGAACUUGAAAGAGUUAAGCUUUGUGGAGCGAGGGUCCUCACUUUGGAUCAGAUAGAAGGGCUGAAGAACCCAGAUGUGCAGUGUUGGGGCACUGAAGAGGGGGAUGAUGGCGAUCCUCCUAGACUAUGGGUACCCAAUGGGAUGUAUCCUGGCACGGCUUUUACCCGAAGUAUUGGUGAUUCAAUUGCUGAGUCAAUUGGGGUGGUUGCUAACCCUGAAAUUGUUGUUCUGGAGCUCACACCAGAUCAUCCUUUCUUUGUGCUAGCUAGUGAUGGGGUGUUUGAGUUCCUUUCUAGCCAAUCUGUUGUUGACAUGGUUACAAAAUUUAAGGAUCCCCGUGAUGCUUGUGCUGCAAUUGUUGCUGAAUCUUAUCGGCUUUGGCUACAGUAUGAAACUCGCACAGAUGACAUUACUGUGAUAGUUGUGCAUAUUAAUGGGCUAACUGAUCCUGCUGUUGGACAAUCAGCAAAUCUUGGUGCUAUUUCAAGACCUCCUGUUCCACAAGUCGUGGAAGUAACAGGAUCUGAAUCUCCUUCAACCUUGAGCUGGAAUUCUAGGAACCAUCGGGUAAGGCAUGAUUUAUCACGGGCACGUCUUCGUGCCAUUGAAAGUUCUCUGGAGAAUGGUCAAGUUUGGGUUCCUCCAUCUCCAGCUCACAGGAAGACAUGGGAAGAAGAGGCACACAUUGAGCGGGCAUUGCAUGACCAUUUCCUCUUCAGGAAGCUUACUGACUCUCAGUGCCAUGUCUUGUUGGAUUGCAUGCAACGAGUUGAAGUUCAAUCAGGGGAUGUUGUAGUGAAACAGGGUGGUGAAGGUGACUGCUUUUAUGUUGUUGGCAGUGGAGAAUUUGAGGUCUUGGCAACCCAGGAAGAAAAAAAUGGCGAGGUGACUAGGGUUCUGCAACAGUAUACAGCUGAAAAGUUAUCAUCCUUUGGCGAGCUGGCACUCAUGUAUAACAAACCGCUUCAGGCAUCUGUUCGUGCUGUGACAAAUGGAACUCUUUGGGCUUUGAAAAGAGAAGAUUUUCGAGGAAUUUUGAUGUCUGAAUUUUCAAAUUUGUCAUCCUUGAAGUUGCUUCGGUCGGUAGAUCUUCUUUCAAGGUUGACAAUCUUACAGUUGAGCCACAUUGCAGAUUCUCUUUCUGAAGUGUCCUUCUCUGAUGGGCAAACAAUAGUUGACAAAAAUGAGGGUCCUGUUGCUUUGUAUAUCAUCCAAAAGGGACAAGUGAGAAUCACUUUUGAUCCAGACUCAAUAAGGAGUCCAAGCUUCGGGAGCCUUGUAUCUGACAAUCAAAAGCAGGAUGAUGAUACAGAAAGCAGUACAGAGUUUGUAGUGAAGACUGAGGGAAGCUAUUUUGGUGAAUGGGCACUUCUUGGUGAAAAUAUUGGCUCCUUUAGUGCAGUUGCUAUGGGUGAUGUGGUGUGUGCUGUUUUAACAAAGGAAAAGUUUGAUGCUGUUGUUGGUCCAUUGGCAAAGCUGUCACAGGGUGAUGAAAAGUCAAGAGACCAUUCAAGAGACUAUUCUUCAAGCCUCCCUAAGGAAUCUGUCAAAAAUAUCGAUCCUUCAACUCUUACGAAAGUUCAGCCUUCUGACUUGGAGUGGAGAACCUGUUUAUAUUCCACUGACUGCAGUGAGAUUGGGCUUGUAUUGUUGAGAGAUUCAGAAAAUUUGCUAAGCUUGAAAAGGUUUUCAAAGCAGAAGAUCAAAAGGCUUGGGAAGGAAGCACAGGUCUUAAAGGAGAAGAAUCUAAUGAUGAGUAUGGCUCCUUCAGCUUGUGUGCCACAGGUUCUAUGCACUAUUGCUGACCAGAACCAUGCCAGUAUCCUGCUGAAUACAUGUCUUGCCUGCCCAUUUGCUUCGAUACUUCACACUCCACUAGAUGAACCAUCUGCACGGUUCUGUGCUGCCUCUGUUGUUAUUGCCUUGGAAAAUUUACACAAGAAUGGUAUUCUCUACAGAGGUGUGUCUCCUGAUGUUCUAAUGUUUGAUCACACAGGACAUUUGCAGCUUGUAGACUUCAGAUUUGGGAAGAAGUUGGCUGAUGAAAGAACAUUUACAAUAUGUGGGAUGGCAGACUCUUUAGCACCGGAGAUAGUCCAAGGAAAAGGACAUGGCUUUCCUGCUGACUGGUGGGCACUGGGAGUCUUGAUCUAUUUUAUGCUACAAGGUGAAAUGCCAUUUGGAUCAUGGAGAGAAAGUGAGCUUGAUACAUUUGCAAAGAUUGCAAGGGGACAGCUAAACCUUCCGCGCACCUUCAGUCCUGAAGCUGUUGAUCUCAUAACAAAGUUACUUGAAGUUGAUGAAAGCACAAGACUUGGAAGCCAAAAUCCAGAUUCUGUCAAAAGGCAUAAGUGGUUUGAUGGGAUUGAUUGGAAGAGACUGACAGAUUCUAGCUUUCCUGUUCCACAUGAGAUCACAUCUCGAAUAGCUCAACAUCUGGAAAAUCACACAGAGGACUAUACCAUUCAUUCACUUUCCCCAUCUCGAGACCCAGAAGAACUUAAUACUCCAGAAUGGCUUGAAGAGUGGUAGAAGAAUUCUUGGAAUGGGGUUUCAGUCAGUUAUAAACAUUUUUCAACUGCAUUUCUUUUCUCCCAUGCGAGAAUUUUUGAAUUAAUAUGCAUCCUGAACUUACAACACAAGAUGGAGAAAGUGAGUGAGUUGCAGAACAGAAUUCUCUCUCAACCCCAUGAUUCUCCUUCGCAUGAUGUACAGAACAGCAUUGGAAAUUCUCUUUUAGCCCAACUGGCCAUUUAAGCAGCUCAAUGGGGGAGGUCAGUUAAUAAAUUUUUAAGAUUUUAAUGUCUUUUUUCUGCUUUUGUAAAUGCAUAAAUAUGUAAAUGUUUUAAUGGUCCACUUUUAUUUUUUCCAAAAAUGAAAUUCUGGUUCUCCAAAAACAUUGGCAGUGGUGGCUCUAAGUAACCAUAUUUCCUUUGCCAAACCACUUUUCAUUUUUUUUUGUUUUGUUUGUAUUAUCAAUCAUAGACGAAGAGAUUGGCAUGUAUUUGCUUUUUCAGGAACUGUCGAAUUGAGCUGUGUGUUACUUAAAUAAUUGCAAUCAGGUCAAUAGGGGGAACUUUCCUUUCUGUCAGAAUAUCAAAAUUACCAUUCUUUUUCGACCCAUUUUUCUCUUA